CUCAGCUAAGUUUAGCCCAGCACAUUGUUUUGGGAAGCUCUCAUCAUGUACCGGCUAGUAAUGUACAUCUCUCUUCUGCUGAGCAUCGUUCCAGCUCAGAGUCGUUCUGUUGCGAAUUUCUUCAGUAGGAUCUCGGAUGAGACUGAUGCCAGCACUGAACAAGAUGAUGUUCCAAUGUCAAGAAUAAUGGAGGGUAACAAACAUUCUGCCUUAUAUUACACAGAACAAGGACUGGAGGAACCUGUGAUCAUGUUUGGAGACAUUGCUGUAGCGACAGGGUUACAGAAUGCAGAUGAAUGCACAGUUACGGGGUGCAAAUGGGACAGAAGCAGAGACGGAAAUGUCUAUGUGCCCUAUGCCAUCUCCAGACAGUACUCUCCGGAUGAAAGACAGGUGAUUGAAACAGGCCUGCAAUCUUUCCAGGAAUCAACCUGCAUUCGAUUCAUUCCUCACAAUGGACAAAGGCACUUCAUCAACAUAGAGUCUGUUAAGGGCUGCUAUUCAUAUUUGGGACGCCAAGGUGGAAGCCAGGUAGUGUCUCUGGAACGCCCUGGGUGUAUUAAUAGCAGAAAUGUUCAGCAUGAGCUGCUUCAUGCUCUCGGGUUCCAUCACGAGCAGAACCGCAGUGACCGUGACGAACAUGUUAAAAUUAUUUUUAAAAACAUCGAACCUGGACAUGAGCGCAAUUUUAAAAAGGUUCCCACCAACAAUCUGGCAACUCACUAUGAUUACAACUCUGUGAUGCACUAUCCAAGCAAUGCUUUCUCUAGGAGUGAUGAGCCAACCAUCAUUCCCAUUCCAGACCCCAAUGUUUUAAUUGGUAAAGCUAAAAAAAUGAGCUACAAUGACAUCCUUCGUGUUAACAGACUCUACUGCGCAUAAGUGAUGCGGGCUACACAAAGAGGAUGUCUGAAGACCCAAUUUAUCCCGGUUUCCUUUGUAUACUGUAUUACAAUGUCAAAAUGAUGUUACAUCCUCUAUUUUCAUAAAAAGUUAAUUAAACAAUCUAUCUGCAAAAUCAGAUACUAAUAUCACAUUCUUAAGCGGAUAUGGUGUAUUGUAGCAACAAAAUCACCUAAGCUGAAAAACAUUUUAAAGUGUCCAAAGCUGUAAAAUACUUUUUAUUCAAAAGACUAACUUCUAAAAAGAGCAAAAAGCUAUAAAAAUGCAUUUUUGCCAGAAUGGAUUCAGAGUGAUGAUCAAAACAGUAUUUGUUGUUUUUAUUUGCUGUACUCUUUGAGAAGAUGGGUAACAGUGCCACCUACUGUAUAACAGUGAAAACAUAAGCAUGAAGUAUUUUAUCAUUCAUUAUAGAAAAAAAUUAUGUAUACUGUUCCUCUUUGUCAUCAUAGUUGUGUUGUGGACUAUACUAUUCUCCUAAAUUUAGAAUGAAUUUAAAACUUUGGGCCAGAUUUACUAACAGCUUGCAGCAGUGCAAAUGCCUUUUUUGGCAUAAAAAAAAACUGCUGUCGGAAUUUACCCAAAGACACGCAGUGUAAAUUGGCGUAAUAAAAUUAUUACUUCAGACGCAAACUUUAGGGGAGGAGAGUAUUUAAAUGAAUCACACAAUGCGAUUUACUAAGGUUUGCGCUUGUCAUUGUACUUGUAUUUUGUUUAACGACCCAAAAAAAGCAUGUCACAAAGCCUGCGCUAGUGAUGCUCGGAUGAGCUCUAACUAGGGAUGCACCGAAUGUUCGGCAACCGAAAAUAUAUACUAAAAUAAAUAAAUUUUACUGAACAUGACGUAGAGAGAGUAACAUGGGGAAAUUAUUCUGUAGUUUAAUGAAUGCUCGAGUCUCUCGACUCAUGUUAAUCAAGAUAAAGGUCAAAUAUAUGAAUGCUUUAUAGACUGAGUUUUGACUCAAUUUCGCACCAAGGACUGUUUUACAAACUUACUGAAAGUGGCAUAGGUGGUAAAACCUAUGACUCUAUUAAAUCAAUGUACACCGCAUAAAAAUCAACACAAAACAUACUGGGGAAACAGGGUUGCGGUUUAAGCCCAACAUUGUUUAAUAUUUACAUCAAUGAACUGGCAACCAUCCUAGAGCGAUCUGAUGCCCCCGGUCUCACUCUACAUCACUCACAAAUUAAAUGUCUGCUCUAUGCAGAUGAUCUGGUUCUGUUGUCUCUAUGAAGGUAAAAUCAUGCCAAAAAGAUUUGAGAUAUGAUCCGUCUGGGUGCAUGCAUUAAAGUGUCUGAUGUCUGCUUGACUGGCGCGUUAUUGAACCAAUCAGAUAAGAGAAAACGAUGAGUCAUCAGGAACCUCAUUUGAUUGGUCACAAGAAGGUAGAGCCCCGCCUCCCCACUCAUGCUUGCAAAUCCAAAUGAGUGAGACAAUCGUGCCAAAACUGUAAGCGCAGUAGUGAUGGGAAGUUCGGAUCAUUUUACUGACUCGGACCUUUGAGUCUCAGUUCAGCAAAAUGAACGAAUCUUUUUUUUGAGUCAUAUUGUUCAUUUCGUUCAUUUUAGCAAAAUAUAAUUAAAAUGUUACAUGUUACUUUCCUAACACAUCUACUACUUAUGCAAACGUUGAUCACAUUACAAACAAUACAAAACUAUAAUGCUAUAAGAAACAGAAAAGAUUAAUUCAUUGUUUACCUGGGUCUUUAGUCUAUGAUUAGCUCACCACACCUCUUAUCUGACAAGUCCUCGGGUUUGACUCGUUCGUUCACGACGUGACAGCUUCGUAAGCUAAACCAAUGCAGUCAGAGCCAGAAAGAGAAUUGAUUAGUUCACCUCUCGAGUCUUCGGGUUUGAGUCGUUCGUUCAUCAAGUGUUCUCUUUCUGCCCUCGCCUCAGGAUGCCCAUCCCGAGGUAGGGAGAGAUUCCACCAGGCCCAGAUGAACGUCAUAUGCCCAUCCACAACUAGAGAUUACGCCAGCUACAUCGGAAAAUCCCGUACCAUCCUCCUGCGAGAGCCUGCGGACUGACUGACCAUCCCAGCUCCAUCCAAGGCAAUUCCAUCACCACCCAAGAAAAAGGCGACCAUCUGGCCGGCCCAGCUCAGACAAUUCCAUCCCCAACCGAGAGCAAAGACGGACUACCUGUCACAUAAAUGCUAAAUUUACAAUACUUGGUAUUUAAUGCUAAACUUACAUCACACGACAGCAGUUUGAAGUUAUGGCUGCACUCAGUGACUUUGAUUGGAGGUAGCUGGGUGGGUGUUGUAGGGAGUGGGGGGGCUUGUUGGUUGUGGUUCGGGGCGUUUCAUUUGUUGGGACUGUGUGGGUCUGGUCUGGUUGGUCUUGUUUUGUGGUCGAUGUCGGACAACAGAGGAAUAAAGUUAAUUAUGCCAUUACUACUUUUCCCUGGUUGUUCCUCUGUUGUCUGUUGUUGAUCGCGGAAUGGGACCGGGUUGGACCUGCACGGUUUCGGCGGGUGGGGCUUCCUGGGUCGCGGCUCGUGGGCUCUCCCUAUUCUUCGUGGACGUUGCUCGGUGGCUUUGGUCGGGGUCACUGAGUGCAGCUAUGACACGUCAGAGGAGAUCUGGCCCUCCCGGCUGAGCCUGGUUUCUCCCGAGGUUUUUUUUUCUCCAUUAUUCAUCAUUGGAGUUUGGGUUCCUCGCCACAGCAGAGCAGUGCAGUGUUGGCUUGCUCACCGGGAGACUGCAUUUAUUUAUUUAUUAGAUAUUAUUUAUUAUAAUAAUCUUGCUUGGUCUAUAAACACCAUGCACUGUGCUGUGUUUUACCUUUCUGUGUUUUUCUAAUUUGCUCCUGUAAAGCUGCUUUGGAACAAUGCACAUUGUGAAAAGCGCUAUAUAAAUAAAAUUGAAUUGAAUUGAAAGUGACAGCCCCGUACGCUUAACCAAUGCAGUCUGAGCCGGAAAGAGAAUUGAUUAGUUCACCUCUCGAGUCUUCGGGUUUGAGUCGUUCGUUCAUCACGUGACAGCCCCGUACGCUUAACCAAUGCAGUCAGAGCCGGAAAGAGAAUUGAUUAGUUC